GACCCUGGGAGCAAGAUGGCCACGGUCAUCCCCGGCCCCCUGAGCCUAGGCGAGGACUUCUACCGAGAAGCCAUCGAGCACUGCCGCAGCUACAACGCACGCCUGUGCGCCGAGCGCAGCCUGCGCCUGCCGUUCCUCGACUCGCAGACCGGCGUGGCCCAGAACAACUGCUACAUCUGGAUGGAGAAGACCCACCGCGGCCCGGGUUUGGCCCCGGGACAGAUCUACACGUACCCCGCCCGCUGUUGGAGAAAGAAACGGAGACUCAACAUCCUGGAAGACCCCAGACUUCGGCCCUGCGAGUACAAGAUUGACUGUGAGGCGCCAUUGAAGAAGGAGGGCGGCCUCCCAGAAGGGCCGGUCCUUGAGGCUCUACUGUGUGCUGAGACAGGGGAGAAGAAGAUAGAGCUGAAGGAGGAGGAGACCAUUAUGGACUGCCAGAAACAGCAGCUGCUGGAGUUUCCACAUGAUCUUGAAGUGGAAGACUUGGAGGAUGACAUUCCCAGGAGGAAGAACAGGGCCAAAGGAAAGGCAUAUGGCAUCGGGGGUCUCCGGAAACGCCAGGACACCGCUUCCCUGGAGGACCGAGACAAGCCGUAUGUCUGUGAUAUCUGUGGGAAACGGUAUAAGAACCGGCCAGGGCUCAGCUACCACUACACCCACACCCACCUGGCUGAGGAGGAGGGGGAGGAGAACGCCGAACGCCACGCCCUGCCCUUCCACCGGAAAAACAACCAUAAACAGUUUUACAAAGAAUUGGCCUGGGUCCCUGAGGCACAGAGGAAACACACAGCCAAGAAGGCGCCUGAUGGCACUGUCAUCCCCAAUGGCUACUGUGACUUCUGCCUGGGUGGCUCCAAGAAGACGGGGUGUCCCGAGGACCUCAUCUCCUGUGCCGACUGUGGGCGAUCAGGACACCCCUCGUGUUUACAGUUCACGGUGAACAUGACGGCAGCUGUGCGGACCUACCGCUGGCAGUGCAUCGAGUGCAAGUCCUGCAGCCUGUGUGGCACCUCGGAGAACGACGGUGCCAGCUGGGCGGGUCUCACCUCCCAGGACCAGCUGCUGUUUUGUGACGACUGCGAUCGGGGUUACCACAUGUACUGCCUGAGUCCCCCCAUGGCGGAGCCCCCGGAAGGGAGCUGGAGUUGUCACCUCUGUCUUCGGCACCUGAAAGAGAAGGCCUCUGCCUACAUCACCCUCACCUAG